UCCGCUGAAUUAUAACGGAAGUAAGUACGUGGCCGCUUAGGCUGACAUUCUGCAUGAUGGCGACAGAGGUUCAGAGCGGCGACCUCAACAAUGGCAAUUCUAGCCGGCUCGAAGUCUCCAUCGACGGCCUUACACUUAGCCCCGACUCCGAAAGUGAACCGGGAAGGGUCGGGGAAUCGGAUUCCGUUCCUACCGGGCCCGAGGCGGCGGAGCCUGGUUCUGCCGAAGCCGAGGAUGGGGAAGACGGCGCGACAGACAAAUAUACCAUGGAGAAGAAAUGGGGGUUUGAUUUACUGGAGCUUUACGGAAUGGCCUUGAAAUUCUUUAAAGAUAAAGACGGCAAGGCCUUCCACCCCACGUACGAGGAGAAGCUACGACUCGUGGCUCUACACAAGCAGGUGUUACUGGGCCCUUACAACUCAGACGCCUCCCCCGAGGUGGGCUUCUUUGAUGUGCUGGGCAACGACCGCAGGAGGGAGUGGGCCGCUCUGGGCAGCAUGGAGAAGGAGGAGGCCAUGGUGGGGUUCGUCAAGCUGCUCAACAAGUGCUGCACCCUGUUCGCGCCCUACGUCACCUCGCACAAGAUCGAGAAGGAGGAGCAGGAGAGGAAACGGAGAGAGGAGGAGGAGCGUCUCAGGCUGGAGGAGGAAGAGAGGGAGCGACAGAGGCAGGAGGAGGAGCGGCGGCAACGCGAGGAGGAGGAGAGGCUGCGGAGGGAGGAGGAGGAGCGAAGACAGGCGGAGGAGGAGAGGCUACGCAUCGAGCAGCAGAAGCAGCAGAUCAUGGCGGCGCUGAACGCCCAGACGGCGGUGCAGUUCCAGCAGUACGCGGCGCAGCAGUACCCCAGCAGCGCCGAGCAGCAGCUGGGACUCAUCCGGCAGCUCCAGGAGCAGCACUACCAGCAGUACAUGCAGCAGCUCUACCAGGUCCAGCUGGCCCAGCAGCAGGCGGCCCUACAGAAGCAUGCGGAGGACGGUGUGGUGCAGGCCACCCUGGACGCCAACAGCUGUGGCGGAGGCGGCGGGGAUCACGCUCUGAUCAGUGCGGCCUCGCCUCUUUGCGCCACGCUGCCCUCUAGUGGUGACGAGGGCCCCAUGGUGAACGGAGGCCAGUCGGACUCGUACUCGGAGAGCAUGGAGCGGGAGCCCGAGGCCGAGGCAGCGGAGGAGCUCUCGGAGAACGGACCCUUACUAGUGAUCGCCGACUCGGCGCCGGUGAUCGCGGCGCCGUCCAUGUGGACGCGGCCGCAGAUCAAGGACUUCAAGGAGAAGAUCCGGCAGGACGCGGACAGCGUGAUCACGGUGGGCCGCGGCGAGGUGGUGACGGUGCGCGUGCCCACGCACGAGGAGGGCUCCUACCUCUUCUGGGAGUUCGCCACCGACUACUACGACAUCGGCUUCGGGGUGUUCUUCGAGUGGACGGACGCCGCGUCCGCCUCGGUCAGCGUGCACGUGUCGGAGUCGAGCGACGAGGACGACGAUGAGGAAGGUGAGCCCUCUGGUGAGGAGGAGAAGGCCAAGAAGGAGGCGGGGAAGCCCCAGACGGACGAGAUAGUGCCGGUGUACCGGCGGGACUGCCACGAGGAGGUGUAUGCCGGGAGCCACCAGUACCCGGGCCGCGGCGUCUACCUGCUCAAGUUCGACAACUCCUAUUCCCUGUGGCGCUCCAAGAGUGUCUACUACAGAGUCUACUACACCAGAUAAGCCUGAGAAGAGACACAAUGGGGGGGGGGGGGGGGGGGGGGAAGAGGUGUGUGUGUGUGUGUGUGUGUGUGUGUGUGUGGAACGCAUUGUCUUUGACAUGCCACAAGUGUACCUGUCUGGAGCCGAUGUAAGAAGGUCGAUGUCAUCUGUGUGUCGUGUAUGCGCGUGUCCCAGGACGCACCAACGUGAGGCUCCAGCUGAGCCCUUGAAGGAGAAAGGGUUUUCCUCUUCUGUGCUGCCCUUGCUCUACAAUCCAACUGACCAGCGCUCUCCCCCCAGAUCAGAGACAAUUUCCUAUUGGACGCUACCAUUUCCAAUUGGUCGGCAAUAGUUCAACACAACCACCAACAAUAAUAACGGCACAGGUUCACUACAGAACAUUGUUACAACAUUGUCCCAUAGAGGGGUGGUCUCUUCGGCCAUAUUAAGGGUCAUAUUUAGAUACACACAUGCACACACACCCCAACCUCCCAUUCGGUCACUUCCUUAUCUAGUUGUGAAAAUGUAUUUGUCCUCUUUCUUUUUUUUGUUUUCAGUUUGCACCUAUUCAGGUCAAAUGGAUUUAUUAUUACUUUACUUCUCAAAUGGAAGAAGCAUCUUCUCGUUGGAACAUGGUUAAGGUGGCUCUUGGGUCAUGAUCAGGAAUCAAACAAAACUAUUUUGGAUUGUCAGCUCAUAGGAUUGGACAAAAAAGGGUUUUAAGGUUUAAAUAUUCCCCAGCCUACCAACGGAGGGAGCCAGGAGUACGUAUGCACCAACUGGAAUAUUGGAAAGGUAUUCAUCUCUCCAUAAAGUCAUACUGUUGCCAAGUGAGUUACUUCUAUCUAUAUAUCUAAGAUAUAUAUUAAAGAGGGAGGAUUGUGUCUAACAAAACAUUGAAUUAAUAUUUAUUUUUGUUUGUUUUGUUUUUGAAAUAGUUGUGAUUUCUUUGGAUUUCUUUUUGUGAUACAAUGUUCGUUAAUCUUGUCACCUGAAUGCUUCUAAGGUGCGUCAAUUCAACUCUGAUUAUUUUUUCUUUUUCUAACUGGUGUAAAGAAAAGCUUCAAAAAAUGUUUUAGCCAUACAAGAAAGUAGCCAGUGUUCAUACUCUGCAGUCGUUAUCUAAGUGGUUACUGUGAAGUAGUCAAGAUUGCAACUCUAAUGAUAUGUAUACGUCUCCUUGUAUGAUGGUCAAUUGUUUAUCAUCCCAGAUUGGGGAUUCGUUGCUACCAUGUAUCAUCUCCUUGAUUUCACACCACAGGUUUUGCAGGCUUUGUGUAUCACACCUCCAAAAUCAUACCACCUCUUGGUGUGUGUGUGUGUGUGUGUGUGUGUGUGUGUGUGUGUGUGUGUGUGUGUGUGUGUGUGUGUGUGUGUGUGUGUGUGUGUGUGUGUGUGUGCUACUUCAUCAUAGGGUUGUUAUCUGCUCUGCUCUCUGUAACCCUACAGAUGGCAUUAUUUGUUUUUUUUAAGGUAAAACUAAACAGGUUUCACCGACACAGGGAUGGACUUCCAUGCAUUUAACCCAUAACCAAAAGACUUGCUCCCCUUGUUGCCUUGCCAAGUUCGCUGGCCAACCGGUCCACGUGAAUGAAUGGAAGGCAAAAAGUCUUGCCCCUCACCCUCAACAACAAGUACAAAUAUUAAUUUCUGUUUCCGAAUAUCGCUUCCCGACGCUUUCGCAAAAGAUCACGAAGUACCCAUGGUUUUUCUCAUGUUCACUUAUUUUGAAGUAUGUGCCACUCAGCAAAUGUUUGUUGAGUGGAGAUGUUAAUCUAAGCCUUUGUAUGUAAAUAAUUCUAUAAAUGGAUUUAUGUGUGGGGUUUUUAAGAUGUGGAAAAUGGGUUGUGGGUGUGAGGAAUCGAUGCACUAAAGUAUUGAGGGUGAGAUGUAUGUACUUUUUUUUUUUUUACCCCAAAUGAAAGUCCAAAACUCUUGGAAAGUGUAAAAGUCUAGAGACGGCACGUGUCAGAAAAAACUCUUGGGGGUUUUCUUUGUGUUUGUUGAUCCCUUAUGAGUUGUAAGAUCUUUUUGGGCAUAUAUUUAAUCUUGAUUAAACCUAUGUUCAUCUCUGCU